AUGUCGAAUCUGAUCGUCCGAGCGAAGAAAGAAGUACUGCUUGCUACCAAUUUCUGGAAGUCCUCUGGUGCCAGCCACUUCAUCAACGAUGCUAUGAUUGAUCUAUCCCGGAAGGCCGGUGCGAGAGGCGAGAGGAUCGUCUUCAAGUUGAUGUUUGACCGUGGAGCGGUGAUGCAGGUAUUCAACAAUCAUCAGAACGUUUCGGCGGGCGGAUGGCAGGCUACUGGUGUUGGCCUCCCAGCGCCAGAAGAUAUACCUAAUAUCGACCUGGCAAUCGUGAACUUUCAUAAGCCGCCACUCGGGACUUUUCACAGCAAGUUCAUGAUCGUAGACCGCCAGAUUGCGACAUGCUCUAGUCAUAACAUCCAAGACAACGACAAUUUGGAGAUGCUAUCCCAUCUCGAAGGUCCAAUCGUGGACAGCUUCUGGGAGACAUUCCUCAUCUCGUGGCAUAACAACCUCGAACCACCCCUGCCCUGCCGAACGACUCUCGCAGCUAGCGAUCCGCCACCGACCCUGCAAGAACCGUCUUUCACAGGACUCUUCGAAUCGGAUGGCGAAUUCCGACUCCCAGAGCAGCCAAUCUCAGAAACGCUUCCUGAGCAUAUGUCCGGCGGACCACACUACGACGAUACUGUUGCAGGCGAGAUCAGCCGCAUGCGAUGUACGCUCACGCCGGAAGAUGCCUCACUUCCUUAUGUCAACAUCAUCGCCAAACACCUCAAUGCUCCGCUCAAGAUCAACGUCCAAGCCACCGCGCCAGAUCGAUCCGACAAGCUCAACUUCUUCCCUUUUAUUCCACUACAGAACAAGGAGCCUGUUCCCAUGGCUAUGGUUUCUCGCAAGCCAUACGCAAAUAUCAACAACGAAAGCGUGUUCGUUCCACAAAACGAAGCCUGGCUCAGCUUGAUCCGUAACGCAAAGCACGAUGUCUUUAUUCAGACUCCAGACCUCAACGCCAAGCCUCUUCUGCCGGCCAUUGUCGCAGCCUGCAAACGUGGCAUACAAGUCACCUACUACGUUUGUCUUGGCUACAAUGACGGUGGCGAGCUUCUUCCCGGCCAAGGCGGCACGAAUGAGAUGGCAGCACACUAUCUCUAUUCUCAACUACAACCCGAAGAACGUUCGUUCCUUAAAGUCCACUACUACGUCGCCGCAGACCAAGACCACCCCAUCCACAACAACUUCAAACAGAGAAGUUGCCACAUCAAACUCAUGAUCGUGGACUCUGCCGUUGCGAUUCAAGGGUCCGGAAACCAGGACACGCAGUCUUGGUUCCAUUCUCAAGAGGUCAACGUCAUGAUUGAUUCGAAAGACGUGUGUAGAGCUUGGAGGGAGGGCAUCGAGAGGAAUCAGAAUACAGCAACGUAUGGACUGGCGAAAGAGGACGGGUGUUGGUAUGAUUCUCAGGGCAAGCUGGCUGAGGGGAGCUUAGGUACUAAUGCUGGGCACUUCUCUUGGGCGAAGGGAAUGAUUGGGACCUUGAAAAAAGCUCAGGGGCAGUGA